AGCCCGGUGACAGUUGAGGAUGGCCGGAGCGGAGAGCCCCGCCGGGUGCCAGGCGGAGCUGGAGCCCGUGGUGUCGCUGGUGGACGUGCUCGAGGAAGACGAAGAGCUGGAGAAUGAGGCGUGCGCCGUCCUGGGCGGCAGCGACUCGGAGAAGUGCUCCUACUCGCAGGGCUCCGUGAAGAGACAAGCACUGUAUGCCUGUAGUACCUGCACGCCAGAGGGGGAAGAACCAGCAGGGAUUUGUCUAGCUUGCAGUUACGAAUGUCAUGGAAGUCAUAAACUAUUUGAACUAUACACAAAAAGAAAUUUUCGUUGUGAUUGUGGAAACAGCAAGUUUAAAAAUUUGGAAUGCAAAUUAUUUCCUGACAAAUCAAAAGUAAAUUCUUGCAAUAAGUACAAUGACAACUUUUUUGGACUAUACUGCAUUUGUAAGAGGCCUUAUCCUGAUCCUGAAGAUGAGGUUCCAGAUGAGAUGAUACAGUGUGUGGUCUGUGAAGACUGGUUCCACGGCAGGCAUCUUGGUGCCAUUCCCCCUGAGACUGGGGAUUUCCAGGAGAUGGUGUGCCAGGCUUGUAUGAGGCGUUGUUCUUUCUUGUGGGCUUACGCUGCCCAGUUGGCAGUCACCAGGCUGUCUGCUGAAGAUGAUGGGCUGCUGCUGAAUGUUGCUGGGAUGGGAGAGCAAGAUGUCAUCAAGGCUGAAAAUGGAGCUCCCCAAGAGAACACCCUGAAAGAGGAUGCUCCAGAACAUGGAAGGGAUGCUGGCAAGGAGGUGAAAGCUGAGCAGAAUAACGAGCCCUGUACCAGCUCCAGUUCUGAGUCUGACCUCCAGACAGUGUUUAAGAAUGAAAAUAUCAAAACUGAGCCGCAGUCCAGCUGCAGACUUCAGGAACUCCAGGCCAAGCAGUUUGUAAAGAACGAUGCUGCCACCUAUUGGCCCUUGAACUGGCGCAGCAGACUGUGCACCUGUCAAGACUGUAUGAAAAUGUAUGGAGAGCUAGACGUCCUCUUCCUGACAGAUGAAUGUGACACAGUUCUGGCUUAUGAGAACAAAGGCAAGAGUGAGCAGGCCACUGACAGGAGGGACCCUUUAAUGGACACCCUUAGCAGCAUGAACAGAGUUCAGCAGGUGGAGCUCAUCUGUGAAUACAAUGACUUGAAGACCGAACUUAAGGAUUACCUGAAGAGGUUUGCUGAUGAAGGCACGGUUGUUAAGAGAGAAGACAUUCAGCAGUUCUUUGAAGAGUUUCAGUCAAAAAAGAGAAGGCGAGUGGACGGGCUGCAGUAUUACUGCAGCUAAAGUGGAGUGCCAUGCUUCCUCAGUCAGGUUCAUGAAAAUGCCACUGUUCCGGAAUAAAGAGACCUGUGUCACACUUGGUUCCCUCUCCAUCCUCCCGUGGCCUCGGGCUCCCUUCUGCUUCACAGUAGCUGCAGUGUUCACUCUGGUCUCUCAACAAGCAUCCUCUAUGACUCAGCUCAUUCCACAGACUUCAGCUUUCCUGUCCAGGAGACCCAGGAUUUCUCUUUAAGAAGUUUGAUUUGAUCUUUCAAAAGCAAAUUAACUUCUUUCCUAGCAGUUUUCUCUGUGACUUCCAAAUGUGUGUCCACAUAGCCAGUGCCCUCCAGGUCCUCUGUGUCCACAGAGCUAUUGCCCUCUGGGUCCUCUGUGUCCACAGAGCUGUUGCCCUCCGGGUCCUCUGUCCACAGAGCUGUUGCCCUCCGGGUCCUCUGUGUCCACAGAGCUGUUGCCCUCCGGGUCCUCUGUCCACAGAGCUGUUGCCCUCCGGGUCCUCUGUCCACAGAGCUGUUGCCCUUUGGGUCCUCUGUGUCCACAGAGCUGUUGCCUUCUGGGUUCUCUGUGUCUUGCGGGUUCUCUUCCUGUCAGCCCGAACUUCUGUGGGGAACACUCCCUCUGCCCCCAUGAUCACGGUGCCUUGGGGCAAAGCUUCCUCCAGCCUGCUCUGCCAGUCCUCUUAGUGCUUUGUGAGAUUGGAUCGUGGCUUGAAGUGAUUGGGAACUUACCAACCUUCAGAGUAGCCAGGACUGAUGUUGAUGUCUGUUGGAGGUUGACUCAUAGCAGGAUUGAGGAAGCAAGCCUUUGUUCUGAAUUUCGCUGAUUAAUUUAAAGUGGAAUUUCAUUACCAUUCUAGUGGCCCUCAAACAUCAGCGGUAGUACUGUAAUGCUCCCAGGGCUUCCCAGGAAUCCACUCCCAUGUGAGCCCCUUUGCUGCUGCCUAAAAUGACCAGAUCCUACCCCCUGACAUGUGGGUGCUUUACAGAUCCUCUGGUUUCUUACAUUAUCAGGGAUAUGCAUAAGCAUAUAUUAAAAAUGGACCUAUUUUGAUACUGUUCUGUUAGGAAAUGUUAUUAGAACCCCAGUAAGUUGUUUUUUCCCUUGAAUCUGUGCUGAAGGCAAAGAUACUGACUGACCUUAGUGGGAGUAAGUGGGGCAGUGACAGCCUUAGAAGAGAAAUGGAGGAGUCCAGCCAAUGCCCUCAGCUGUGUACAUGUUGAGUCUUUGUAUAUAAACAGUGUGCACAGCCGUUCCCUUCUGACUAGUGGUCUGAAGGUCUUCAUGGAUGUAUAAAAACCUGUGUUUGAGGGAAAUCUUUGGGAUGCUGUGAAGUCUUUUUAAAGCUCCCUCAGUCUAUGUGGGAAACAUCUUUUGAUCCACAGACCCAGGUCACACCCUCAGGAGGAGCAAGCUCUUCCCUGGCACACUGUGAGGUAUAUUAAAGGCAUUUUAGGCCAUGUGUUGGUGGGGAUAGCUUUGUGUGUGAGCAGCAGUUGUAUGCAUGAAUACCCCAAUUCCUGGACAAGAUGAAGUAGCCUACAAAUAAGGUCUCAGGAAAUGGCAUGGCUCCUGUACUAUAUAGAGCCUACAGCCUUCUAGUGACAGAUGCUGUGAAGACUGCUAUGUGGAGCUGUAAAGUUCUUCCGGCUGCAGGCAGAGCCUGUGUGCGCUGAGCUGGCAUCCUAGAAACGGCUCAGUUAAAGACUCCAGGUGCCUACAGCCUAGAGGUCUUCCAAGUCCGAGGAUAUUUUGAAUUUGAGAGUUGCACUUUCUGUGUACCAGCAUGUCUUUGAAAUUUGUAUCUUCCCAGACGUCAGAUUUAACUACCAAAAAGUUCCUGUCUGCCCUCGAUAGGUCAGAAUCAAGGCUUAGCAGCAGUGUCAGUGAGCAGCAGAAAUACAAACAGCCAGUGUUGAAGGGCUUGCCUAAGAAAGUUUCCCCACUUAACCAGAAAACCUCUUUUUGUACCUGUUCACAACUAGUUUUCUUACUGACUAUUCUCUUAGAGAUGGUUUGGGCCAACAUGUGGCAGUUGAUAUUAAUGCAUGUUUUAUGCAGAAGAAAAUGUGAUACUAAUUGCUCUUAAGGAAUUCUGGCAUUGUAUGUACAUUUUUGUAGAAAUUAUUACUCAACGUACUUCAAUCAGGUUUCUGUAAAAUUCAAAUUAAACCAAUUCAAAAUAGUU